GGAGGUCAGCUCAGAGAGCUUAGCUCCCAGCCAUCACUUUUCAUCAACAAUAGCACAAUCACAACAAUGGCUCUCAAUACGACGACACGAAUGCUCCUGCGCAGCAGAAUAGCCCUUCGCAACAAUUGGGUGUGCCAAUCAUGUCAAACGAUUCGCUACUCAUCCACAGAUGCCCCAGCAUCACCACUUCUCUCCAAGCUCAAGGGUGACCUGAAAACUGCGAUGAAGGCCAAAGAUACAGCGCGUCUAAACGUCCUCCGAGGAGUCAUUGCCGAAGUAACGAACUCAGCGAAGACCUCUAGCCCCAUCAAGACGGACAUGCAAUUGUUGUCAGUCCUGAAGAAGAGAGUGGCUGCAGCAAAAGCAGCUCAGCAAGAGUUCAAGGCUGCUGGACGAGACGAUUUGGUGGAGAAAGAGCAACAGCAAGUAGACGUAUUGGAUGAGUACGCCGACAGCGUCGAGACCAUGGGUGUUGAGGAGAUUCAGAAUGCUGUGAAAGCAGUGGUAGACCAGGCGAAAGCAGCUGCGGGGAACGCGAAGAUCAACAUGGGAGAGAUUCUGAAAAAGGUACUUGGGCCAGGCGGAAGUCUGGAAGGGAAGCCGGUUGAUCGUGCAGAGGUCGCGAGAAUUGUCAAGCAGACUUUGGGACAGUGAGCCUCUGCCUCACUCGAAUGCGCACAUCUACCAUUCCCAGCGGCGCAAUUCAGCGAGCAGGACCAACAUCGCUCCCUCAAAUGCGCGCUUGUGGUAAAGAGGGUUUCAAGCUUGCGACCGGGUAUGUUGACACUCUGCCUGGUCUGCACUGCACUGAUGAUGUGCUGUGGCGACGUGCUUGGAUACGGAGACAGCAACUCAUGUACAACAGAAUUAUGUAACGAUAGCCAAGAGUAAGUCUUCACUCCCACGAAACUGGCGCGUGGACGUUCAAAGCCUCCAAAUAACAUCUCACUUGGUCUGUCACCCA